ACAGCACGAAAAGUUGUUCUUUUGUUUGGUUUUUAGAAAAAUGCAGGUGCUCGGCUGCAGCACCUGUGGAGCAAGAAGAUUCCACAGAAUCAUCUGAGGAGGAUGAGACGUCUCUAGAGGACGACACAUCCCUGGAGGAGGACACAUCUCUGGAAGACGAGACAUCGGAGACAGAUUCUUCAACAGAGGAGGACAAUACAGUUGCUGUAAGAAGGUGGGAAACCACUACUGCUCUUAUUGGAAAAAGGAAGAAGAAAACUUCUCAUCCACUUGUUAAAAAGGAUGUGGCAACUGCCGAUGCACCUUUGGAGGACGAGACAUCCCUAGAGGACGACACAUCCCAGGAGGAGGACACUUCUCUGGAGGACGAGACAUUUGACACAGCUUCUUCAACAGAGGAGGACAGUGCAAUAGCUGUAAAGCGGUGGAAAACCACUAUCGCCCCAAAAAUGAAGAGGAAAACUCAUAAAACUGUUAAAAUAAAUGUGGCAACUACUGAUGCACCUGUGGGGGGCGACACAUCCCCGGAGGGCGAAACAUCCCUGGGAGAGGACACAUCUCUGGAGGACGAGACAUUUGACACUCCUUCUUCGACAGAGGAGGACACCACAAGAGCUGUAAAGAAGUGGGAAACCACUACUGCUCCUAUUCGGAAAAAGAAGAGGAAAACUCCUCAUUCAUCUGCUAAAAAGAAUGGGGCAGCUACGGAUACACCUUUAGAGGAUGAGACCACUGUGGACGAUGAGUCAUCCCUGGAUGACAAGAUAUUUGAUACAGCUUCGUCAACCGACGAGGACAAUACAGUAGCUGUGAAGAAGAGGGAAACCACUACUGCUUCUAUUAGAAAAAGGAAGAAGAAAACUCAUCAUCCACCUGUUAAAAAGACUGUGGCAACUUCUGAUGCACCUUUAGAGGAUAAAACAACGCUGGGGAAUGAGUCAUCUCUGGAGGAUGAUGCCGUUUCUUCAACAGAGGAGACCAAGACAAUUGCUGUAAAGAAGGGAGAACCCACUACUGCUCUUAUUAGAAAAAUGACAAAGAAAACUUCUGAUUCACCUGUUCAAAAGUAUGUGGCAACCGUUGAUGCAUCUUUGGAGGUUGAGACGUUUCUGGAGGGCGACACAGCUUCUUCAACAGAGCAGGACAAUAUAAUAACUGUAAAUGAGAAUACCACUAAUCCACCUUUUGAAGAAAGGGACGAAGAAACUCCUGAUUCCCCUGUUGAAGGGUAUUAUUUGGAGGUUGAGACAUUUCUGGUGGGUGACAAAGCUUUUUCAACAGAGGACGACAAAAUAAUAGUUGUAGAGGGUGGGGAAACCACGACUCCACCUUUUGAAGAAAGGGACGAGGAAACUCCGGAUCCACCUGUUAAAAAGAAUGUGCCAACCGCUGAUGCACAUUCCGAGGGUGAGACAUCACUCGAGGACAAUUUUUUUUGGGAAGAUGACACAGGUCCUUCAGCAGAGGAGGAAGAUAUAACAGUUGUAAGGGAUGGGAAAACCAGGAGUUUGCCUACUGGAAAAAUGGAUGAGGGAACUGAUCCACCUGUUGUAGAGGAUGUACCGACUACUGAGGAUGCAGGGGAAUCCAGAGCUGAGGAGAAUGAAACAAGUGUUGUAACUGGGGAGGAUAAGACCAGUAGAGUGGCACAAGAGUUGGAAAGCAAUACGGUGCCACCUGUAACACUUAAAAAUGAUGGAACCACAACAGGGCCCCAGGAGGAAUCACUUGCUGCACGUCGAGCAGCACAAAAGCCUGAGGCCUUUCUUAGCAGAGACCUUUGCUUCGAACAAGAGCUUUCCCAUCGGAAGCUCGAGUUGCACCAUAAGUUCCUCCAACAACGCAAAGCAUAUAGUCAGUGGCAGAGAAAGGAACAGGCUGUACAGACUGGGGAACACCAGGACUUUGUAAACCACCAAGGACUCUCGAAGGAAAACCUCCAACGGCUCUCUAAGGACAGGGUCUCUAAGGAGAAAGUCCCUAAGAAAGAGGGAUCCAACAACUUGGGCUCUCCCAGUUCCAUGUGCCAGACCACAGAAGAAGACAAAACCAUCACUGACCAAUCCAAACCUGAACCUGAACGCCGCAGAGGACUGGAGAAGGAAAAAGAAACAGGGAGUAGUAGUCACUCAAGUAUUGGACAGAGAUGGCAAAAUGAUGAAGACGAAGAAGAGAAAAAGCCUAAGAAGCAGUCAUUACUGGACCGCUUCCUGAGUUUUUUCAGGCUUAAGAAAACAAACUAAUCAUCAACCAAGCGGAAAGUGUUUCCAACAUACAGUUUUUCCUGAUUAAUGUGGAGAUAACCAGAUAAUAAGUGUGGCUCAGGGAUCAGAACAAUUGUCCAAUAACAAGAAAGUUCCCAGUUUUGAAUCCUGCUUUCUCCAUCCCAGUCGCUGCUGUUGUGUCCUUGGGCAGGACACUGCUUCCACAUUACCUUCUGGGAUGCCCACACAGGGAAGCUUCAGCCACCAAAAAGCUGUGCCUGAGUUUUGCUGCACAUACGUUGUACAUGUGACAAUAAAGACUUACUUAAAAAAAUAAAAAUAAGCACACAAAACCUCACUCUCAUCAGGGUCACGGCACCACUGGCCUGCAGCCAGUGCCUCCACUCCUUGCUAGAACCGUAGCCAGUGUUCUCUGUUCCCCACAUCAUAGUUCCUUUCUGCUGCAGUGAGGCGACAUGAGAAGAAGGCCCAGAGAGAGCGCUGGGAAAGGACUGCUCUCACUCCUGUAUACGACGUGUCAACCUUGACAAAAAAUUGCAAUAAUGGGUUAACGUGAGUAAGUACUGAGACUUUGUAGAUGUCUAUUUCAACAAUUAGAAGCCCUAUUUUGAUUUCGGGGGUCCACACAAAAAGUAAUUUAGUGAAUGUAAGCCAAAAUGCAUUAAAAAGUGCACGAAUGAGUAUAAAUUAUAAAAGUUCUCUUUGACGUGCGUCUCACCUGCAUAGUAGAAGGUUGUUGCCAUAUACCGAAAAGUUGGUAAACAUUGACCAACAAGAUGACCAAAUUAACACGAAAAAAGCGCUCGUUUGCAGCCACCUGUUUUUUUUUCCAGCCGGGUGGAUUAUGAUUAAUUAUUCAUCCAAACGCGAAGAUAUUUACAUCCUAUCAGUCAGCAUCCCUGUGAGAGCAGACAAUAUACAGUAAGUGAUUGUUUUAUCAUGUUCGUAGUUUGUAUUUCUUGUUUGGCACUUAGCAAUACUGCUACAUGAUGCUUAGUGUUUCACUAAAGCUGGAUCUGUUUAGCACACAGCUUCUAAAACAUGUAGAUCAUCCUCCUUAUAUUCAGGCUCAAAAAUAUAAGGUUCUGAAUCAUCAUUUAUUCCAAAGUUGUAGUGGUUGUCUCUCAAGUCUGUCAUGAUUUUGCACUGUUGUUGAUGUUUAAGUAGAUAGCGAAUGUUGUGAUGCAUCUGUGAAAUUAAUGAGACUAUGCUUAAAAUAAGAUAUUACCUGAUAUUAUGAAUAUGACUGUUACUACAUUGCAUAUAUACUUUCAGCGUGUAUGAUGGAUGUUUUUGGAUGCUUUUUUAGAGUGCUUUAUAGGUGUAUUCGAGCGACUUCCAUUGACUUCAUUGUUGACUGACUUUUGCUCACGUUUAUUUACAAGUUAGAAUGCAUAAGACAAAGAAAAACAAAUAUGGGCUUGCCUCACACAAGGAUUGUAAAUAAUGGACACAAUUCCAAAGAAAGUGCAGUUCUCAUUUAUUGCAUUAGGGAGUGAGGUUUACAAAUAUACACUCUGGCGGGCUUCCAUUAUACUUGCCUGCUGGAACAGUUCAGGGUCUUCAAACGGUCCUCACAAUGUGGAAGCAAACAAAUAGUCCAAAAUUAAUAUUCAUGAGCAACUAAGAGGUCUAAUACACCCCUGAUGGAUUCUCAACCAGGUGUGUGCCAAUAUGUUUUUCCCAAUCCUACUAGAUACUGAAAAUUCCAAAGAUGUGGGCAUUUGUAUUUUUACAUAUUUUGAAAAAGGU